AUUGGCGAUGAAACUAAAUGCCUGAAUUGCUGAUUGCGAUCAUGAAUCAUGAAAAAUAAAAUUCUAUUGAGGCAGCAGUUUGUCUUGAAUGUUAUCAUUUUGUUCAUUGAUUGAAGUAUCUUCUCUUGUAUUCAUUCCUCGGUCUUCAUUUUCAUUUUCGUAAUCGGUUAUUCAAUCCUUAUGUAUGCAUCACUUUUCAGUUUAGUCCUUUUGAUCUUUUUCUUUUUUCCUCAUUACAUUUCUUCUGUUACAUCUCUCAUUCUCCUCAUUCAGUUACUGUAUUUUUUUUCUCAUUCAAUUCAUUUAGUUAUUUCAUUAUAUAUAUGAGCCAUGUCAUUCCUCAUUCAUGAGUCUUUGUCCCUAUCUCGCUUUCACAUCUAUAUAAUUAUUCCUGUAAGUCAAGGUCCUUCUAUGUUUUCCUUCCUUUUGCAUUCCUUUCAUUUUUCUUUCUUGCCCAUGUUUUCGGAUGCCGAUUCGUAAAGGAGUGGGCUGUGAAUAUAGGUGAUUGGACAAGGAAGAAGAUUCAAGAUUGGUCAGGUUUAUUAAGCCAUUUUCUUGAUCCAUUGACUAGAAAUCGUCAUUUUUUUGCUAGUUAGUGUGAAUGUUCCGAACCUUACUUUUAUUAUCAUGUCCUUUUUUUUCUCAUUAGGAUUUAGUGUGUGUUCUUUAGUCACCAAUCUCACAGGUAUCAAAUUUCAGUAAUAUCUCAAAUCUCUCUCUUUCAAUGCAGCUUCCAAUGUUUUCAUCAUGUAAGUCUGUAUAUCCUUAUUUUACAUCCUUGCCUAAAGUUUUUGUUUUUAAUGUGUUUGUUUGUCAGCAACAGGAUUGAGAAAGAUUUCUAUGUCUCUACGCCAUAAAAGCCGGCCACAAGAUUCAGUUUAAAGUGGAUGCCCUCAACCAAGUUUUGGAUAUGUGAACAUGAGCUGGCGAGGGGUUUUCAAUGGAUGCGAGCCACAGGUAACGCAGUGCACUUCUUCUUCGGAUGGCCGGCUCUACUUCUUCGAAUCCGGAUGGUAGAAAUUCGCUUCCAAGAUUUGACUCCAAACAUGGCUUCUCUUGCUCAUGGAUUGUCAUGAUAAUUUAGCGCUUGAUUGUCUAUAUAUCAUACUUAAGUUUAGUUAAUGUCAUUUUUUCAAGGUCAGGGCAGUCAUGUCUGCUAUAUAUCCAAGACAUGUAUGAUCAGACCAUAAACACGCAGUACUUGUGUUCUUUUUCAUGUCUCUUCUUUGGUGCCGUACGUUUAGUCUAAGUUCUAGUGAACAUUGUGGUUUCAUUUGCCAGAUAUGUGAACUAGGGCAGCAUGCGUUGCGGAUUCUUCUCCAGGUUAGUGCGUCUCUGUUUUCAAACCCGUUGUAUUUCUUCCUUUCUUUUUGUGUGGCUCGUUUUCCUUGUCAAGUCCUGGGACAGUUCAGUAGGAAACAGACGAAAACGUACAAAGUACCAAGACGGAGGCAGAUCAUGAAUAAAUGGACACAUGCCACAUCUUCAUUGGAAUUUUUUUUGACUUAGGCUAAAAUGAAAAUCAGUCGACUGUUAAUAGACAGUCCCAUGUUUGGUACAGUGAUUGAUAAAGUGUCAAUGUUAUCUAGAAAAGCAGCUAGAAAAAUAUUUGAUCACGCUUUGAAAAAGUCUGCUUCUUGAGCUCUAGAACAUAAAUACUUUUAUUUUAUUUCAUAAGAACAGUAACCACAUGCCAAGGAGAAAGGGUCCACGCACAUCAAAUUUGACUCACGGCUCGACGACUUUGCUAUCUCACUCAGAUGAAUAUAUGACUCAAGGCGAUAAGAACCAUCAGAAACAAACUGAAAGCUGGUGGGAGAAGACAGGAAAUGGCGACAGAGAAGGUGUUGAGCAACGACAACCUGCUGGAGGAGAUCCUCCUCCGGCUCGACCUCCCCACCUGCCUCGUCCGCGCCUCCCUCGCCUGCUCCCGCUGGCUCUGCGCCGUCUCCCGGCCGGCCUUCCUCCGCCGCUUCCGCAGGCUUCACGCGCCCCGUCUCCUCGGCUUCUACGUCGUCGGCGACGGCGUCCCGCGCCAAGACUUCGUGCCGGUCCCCAGCCCUCCUGAGCUGGCCGCCGUCCUCCGCCGUGCCAGCUCUGGCCUCGACGCCUACUCCGAUUUCUCGUUCACCAUCGACGACUGCCGCAACGGCCGCCUCCUCGUCGAUGGCUACAGAGUCGGCGGCACUCAGGUGGUCAGCCCGCUGCUGCAUCGGCAGCACCACCUGGCGCCGGCGCUAGUCCUUCCGCCUCCGCCGCCGGCCAGCCUCGACGGGGUCUCACACGGCUACACCUUCCUCCCGGAGGACGGCGGCGACGGCGCGUCGUACCACCGCGUGGAUCUGGAGCACCACGGUCGGCAGGUCUCGGCGCAGGUGUCGACGCUUGGAUCCGGCGCCUGGACGGUCCAGAUCGCCAAAGCGGAGCUCCCGGAGCCGCCGGACAGAAUCCCCGACCUAACCGUGCUCCUCCGCGGCAAGCUCUACAUGGUGACCACGGCCGGAUACAUCCUCGGGUUAGACUUGGCCGCGGCGAGCUUCUUCGUGGUCCAGCUCCCGGACGGCGUCACGUACCAGUACUUCGGCAGCCUGGUCCUGUCCCGAGGAUACGACGACCACCACCACGACGGUGAUCACCUCUACCUUUUCCAUGUGGUGGAUAGGUUUCAGCUGCAGGUCUGGCGCCGCCGGCCCUGGACGACGGCGGCAGAUGACGAGGCCCAGUGGGUUCUUGUGCACAGCAUCUGUCUGCGCAAGGCGUGCGGCCAUCUUGUGCAGCAGACGCUUGUAGGUUUCUCGGUGGUCGGGGUCGGGGACAACGCCGAGUUCGCCUUCUUGGAGGAGGAUAGUGGCGCCUUCGUCUUGCUGUGGCUAGGGAGCAGGACAGUGGAGAAGGUGUACCAGAGGGACCCGGACAACGAUGAACUCAUCAUCGUGUAUCCAGUUACCAUGGUCUGGCCGCCUGUGUUCCCUCCACAUCAAGCAAGCAGAGCAAAGUUCAGGAACCUGGAAGAGGCAGAGCAAAGCUAAGCCUGGCUAAAGAAUGGUUCAGUGAUUUUUACAGUAUUUUUUAGUGACUGAAAGUUCACUUGUGAUGAUGAUCCUUUUAUGUAUCCUUGCAUAAAAACAUCUUCUGAAUUAAAAUUCAGAGUUGCACCAGUGAGCCUGUUCUUUAAUUGACAGUGGUUCAGUGAUUUUUACAGUAAUUUUUAGUGACUGAAAGUUCACUUGUGAUGAUGAUCCUUUUAUGUAUCUUUGCAUAAAAACAUCUUCUGAAUGAAAAUUCCGAGUUGCACCAGUGAGCUUGUUCUUUAAUUAAUAGGUUAAGACGCCACAACUUCUG